CCUUUGCUUCCCUGCUUUCUCAUUUUAAAAACACCACCAUCUCUCUCUCUCUCUCUCUCUCUCUCUCUCUCUCUUCUUUUAUAUAACUGCAGGUUUCCCCGUUUCAGCCAUCAUCUUCCUGAGCUCAGAGGUUUCGAAGCCGCACCCCUCCUAUGGCGAUCUGUCUCCUGUUCCAUCUCGCUCUCCUGAUGCUCUCCUCGUCUUUAGCCCCAACCCACGCGAACUUAGAAGGGGAGGCUCUAUAUGCGUUGAGGAGGGCCGUGAAGGACCCGGACGGUGUUCUUGAGAGCUGGGACCCCACUCUCGUCGAUCCUUGCACUUGGUUUCACGUCACCUGCGACGGCGACAACCGCGUCACCCGACUGGACCUCGGAAAUGCAAAGCUGUCGGGGAGUCUGGUUCCGGAACUGGGAAAGCUCGAGCGUCUCCAGUAUCUGGAGCUGUACAUGAACCACCUGGAGGGCCCAAUUCCAAAGGAGCUUGGAGGGCUGAAGAGCCUUGUGAGCUUGGAUCUCUACCGCAACAACCACACCGGCUCCAUCCCCGCCUCUCUCUCCAAGCUCUCUAAUCUCAAAUUUCUGCGACUGAACGGGAACAGACUGAGUGGGAGAAUCCCAAGAGAGCUUACCAAACUUGGCAACUUAAAGAUCCUAGACGUGUCCAACAACGACUUGUGUGGUACAAUCCCUACCUCCGGCUCCUUCUCCAAGUUCUCAGAAGAAAGUUAUGUGAACAACCCUAGAUUGGAAGGACCAGAACUGAUGGGAUUCGUGAGAUACGACACUGGUGGGAGUUGCGACUGACCACCUAGUAAAGAAAAAGCCUGAAAUCGAGACAUAAAAAGCUAGGAUAUCCUGUUCUUGCGUUUUGAGUUUGGGUUAUGUAUAGAACUAAGAAACUGCUAAGUAAAGGACUCACGGAGGCGGUGUUUCUUGUGGGAACUUGAUGUCUUAUGGAUACACGAAAUUAGGAGCAGGUUCAGAAACUGCAAAGCAAUUUUGUU